AUGGAAAAUAGCAAUACAUAUAAACUUAUAAUCCAAUCCCCUUCUACAUGGAAAAUAACUCGGGAUGGAAAGUCAGAAUCAAUAAAAAAGGUAUAUGGUCUGGUAUUUGAAAGGGUUACCAAACUUGUGGUUACAGGUUCAUUUCCAUUAGAAAUACCAAGAAUUGUUUUGGAUUCUGACGAAUUGGAUCAUCACAUUUUGGCUGUAUGGUUCUUUGAUGAUUACAUCUCAGUAUCUUCGCUCAAAACUGCAAUAAUAAAUGAAGUUAAGAAUAAUAAUUCAGUACUAGAUUCUCCAUUGGUUAUUGAUAUACUAAAAAAAUCAAUUGGUACAAUUUACAUCCCGGCAACAUCACUUAGUCAGUCAAUCAAAUUGGUAAAAAAAUCUACAGCAACUAAUAUACCGGAAAACUUAACCAAUAUAUUUCCAAAACACAGUAUUUUGAAGUUUCGGAUUGCAAUAGAACAAAAUUAUUUUCCAUUAUCCUCGAUUGAUAACUUAGAGAAUUAUUUUAAAGAUUCUGUUCAAAAGAAGCGAAUUGGUGUUAAUCGUGCCGGAUUUCACUUUUUUGACGUUGACGAUGAUGUAGAUAAUGUAUCGAACGUUCCACUAAUCUAUAGCCAUUGCCCGUCUGAGAAAAAUUAUGGAUCUAAACACCUGUUUCUCGAAGAAGAGGAUGAUGAUUCUCUUUAUUCCAGAAUUGAAUCUUGCCUCUCAAAAUCUUCAUUAAGGAAGUCGAAAUCUAGCGGCAGUCGUAAUUUCUCAAAAAGCUACGUACCUGGAAUGUACAACAAUUUAAACUCCAAUGAUUCGUAUUACCCUGCAUCAAAUGGCACAGACUUGUAUGAUAAAUCAAAUCCAUUUGAUUUAUCAUACAAGGAUAGCCCCAUUAUGAAUAUUGAAAAAUAUAAAAGAUCAGACACUUCACCAAAGUCCAAUUUAUCAAAAUCCGCUUAUGACAUCGAUUCUGCUAUAAGGGAUUUUAAGAAGCAGAACAAAUUAGCUCAGGAGGUGGCUGCUGCCAAGAGUUUGAAUAGAAGUUGUGACAGGAUGUUAGUCUUGGACCACACAAAGGAUUAUGGUAAGAAACUCAAGGAACCUCCUUUAGAAUAUUAUAAUCGUGACAAGUCUAAUCCUUUAACUUACAGUGAUAAUCACACUGGUAAGCUAGAUUUCCCCCAGUCAAACCUAUCAUCCUACAAAAGUCAUCAUAGGUAUGAAUCAGAAUAUAGCCUUACAUCACCGUUUGAAAUGACAAAAAAAAAAGUCACAAUUGAUGAAUUCUCCGAGUUGAAUAACAAAUUCAAGUCACUAUUGGGAAGGUUUUUCAAUAUGGCCUUCAAAUUUUCAAAGUGCAAGGCCGCAUCGCUUGAGAUUGAGGAAAAGAAUCGACGUUAUAUUAUUGCCAAGUUUAAGUAUCUGGUUCAAUAUUUAAAUUUAAAACGCAAAUUGGAGACUUCUAGGAUUGCAUGUAGGAAAUUAGCCAAAUCUAUACUAUUUGAAAAGGCGAAGAAUGUCAAAUCUAUUAACAAACACUCGGCAGAUCUACUAAAUAAACUAAAUAAUAGGAUCAAGGAUCUAGAGGAGGAAAAUAAGGCAUUGAUGAAGCAAAACAAAGACUUACAGGAAACUAUUACCAGUGCUGAAGAAGAGCAUAAUAUACAGUUGAGUGAAAUAACUAUGCAAAUUGAAAAAACAACAGAGGAUUUUUAUCUGCAAAAGACAAUUAUUCAAGAAUUACAGAAGAGGUUAGACAAUGACACAAAGGGAGAAGAAUUAAAGGCAUUGAAGGCCAAUGAAGCUGAACUUAAGAGCCAAAUCAAGGCCCUUACUAGUAAGAAUGUGGAGCUCACAGAUGAAAAUACAUUACUUGCAUGCAAACUUAAACAUGCGGAAUCACUAAAAACUUCUGAACUUGACAGGAAACUCACAAAAAUAGGCGAUUUUUUGUCAAAACAUAUGCAAUCAAAUAGUUACCACUUCGUCAAAGACAGAAUUACUGACUCUUACAAGCGCUAUUCCCUAUACUCCAAUUCACUAAUAAAUAAGCCAAUAAUGAUGGGACACGAGGGGAAACCAGAGCCCAUUAAUAAUACCAAAUUGUUAACAAGUGAAGCGAUUGGGAAUGAGCUAAUUGAUGACCUAAUGAUGAAUUCGCCAAGCUCAAUCUCCCCCCAAAGCAUAUCGGCUAACAUCAGUGGCCCUCUAUGCCAUAUACCAACCAAAACAAGACUCACCCAACCCUAUUCGCCAACAAAAACUGUAUCACUCAUUAAAUCAAUGUCCUCCUCGUUAGGGCAUCAAUCACAGAAAAAUUACAAUGCAGUAAAUAUAAAUCGCUUCGGCACGCGCGCAUACAAAUGA